GGUUCCAAAGGAUGCUCAUCCGGGUCACGCUAACGCCGCGGUUUCCUCCACCCGCUUGGUUCUACGGUGGGUUUGGACCGGUCCCCAUGUCCUGCUGUGAGGCCUCUGCAGCGUCUGGUUUGAAAAUCUGGACAGGAAGAGCAGGGUCUGAGAAGAUUGUGAAGACUGCUGAGAGAGGCUUGCAAUCUCUUCACAUAAGCAUAAUAAAGAAGUAUUGGUCCUCAUGGAAGACGAGCAAGAUUUACCGGAGCAACCAGUGAAAAAAGCCAAGAUGCAGGACUCAGGAGAGCAAACUUUAAGUCAAGUAAACAAUCCAGAAGUCAGUGAUCAGAAACCUGAAGCUUCAAGCCUUGCUUCAAACCUGACCAUGUCAGAGGAAAUUAUGACAUGUGCCGAUUACAUCCCUCGCUCAUCCAAUGAUUAUACCUCACAAAUGUAUACUGCAAAACCUUACGCACAUAUCCUCUCGGUUCCUGCUUCGGAAACUGGGUAUCCUGGACAGACUCAGUACCAGACAUUGCAGCAGUCUCAGCCCUACGCUGUCUACCCUCAGGCAUCCCAAACGUAUGGACUACCUCCUUUCGGUGCAUUGUGGCCAGGUAUGAAACCUGAAAGUGGUUUAAUUCAGACUCCAUCUCCAAGUCAACACAGUGUUCUUACCUGCACUACAGGGCUAACCACAAGCCAGCCAAGCCCAGCACAUUAUUCUUACCCCAUUCAAGCUUCAAGCACCAAUGCCAGCCUGAUAGCCACUUCAUCCACAGUUGCCAAUGUCCCAGCAGCAGCCGUUUCUAGCAUCUCAAACCAGGACUACCCCACCUACACCAUCCUUGGUCAGAGUCAGUACCAGCCCUGCUACCCGAGCUCCAGCUUCGGAGUCGCAGGCCAGACGAGCAGCGAUGCCGAGAGCAGCACGCUGGCAGCAGCCGCGUACCAGCCCGAGAAGGCCAGCGUCCUGGUCCCCGCACCUGCUGCACAGAGACUCCCCUCCGGAGACCCUGCUGCAAGCCCGUCCUUGUCUCAGGGCACACCAAGUAAAGAUGCUGACGACCAGUCCAGGAAAAAUAUGACUGGCAAGAACCGGGGCAAGAGGAAAGCUGAUGCCAGCUCUGCCCAGGACAGUGAACUGGAACGGGUAUUUCUGUGGGACUUGGAUGAAACCAUCAUCAUCUUCCACUCCCUUCUUACUGGAUCCUAUGCCCAGAAGUACGGAAAGGAUCCAACUGUAGUGAUUGGCUCAGGUUUAACAAUGGAAGAAAUGAUUUUUGAAGUGGCUGAUACACAUCUAUUUUUCAAUGACUUGGAGGAGUGUGACCAGGUACAUGUGGAAGAUGUGGCUUCUGAUGACAAUGGCCAAGACUUGAGCAACUACAGUUUCUCAACCGACGGCUUCAGUGGCUCAGGAGGCAGCGGCAGCCAUGGCUCCUCUGUAGGCGUCCAGGGAGGUGUGGACUGGAUGAGGAAACUGGCUUUCCGCUACCGAAAAGUUCGAGAAAUCUACGAUAAGCAUAAAAGCAACGUGGGUGGUCUUCUUAGUCCACAGAGAAAGGAGGCUCUGCAAAGGCUAAGGGCAGAAAUCGAAGUUCUGACCGAUUCCUGGUUAGGAACCGCAUUAAAGUCCUUACUUCUCAUCCAGUCCAGAAAGAAUUGUGUGAAUGUUCUGAUUACUACCACUCAGUUGGUUCCAGCCCUGGCCAAGGUUCUCCUAUACGGACUAGGGGAAAUAUUUCCUAUUGAAAACAUCUAUAGUGCUACCAAAAUUGGUAAGGAGAGCUGCUUUGAGAGAAUUGUUUCCCGGUUUGGAAAGAAAGUCACGUAUGUAGUGAUUGGAGAUGGGCGAGAUGAAGAAAUUGCAGCCAAACAGCACAACAUGCCUUUCUGGAGGAUCACAAACCACGGCGACCUCGUAUCCCUGCACCAGGCUUUGGAGCUUGACUUUCUCUAAGAACUGGAAUGAAGAACCUUCCCCAUGAGCUUCUCUCUCCCGAAGGGGCUAGAGACCGGAACCGCCUGGGAACUCUCCCCCCCCCCCCUACCCCCUUUCCCCUUUCUCCACGGAAUGCCGGCGAGAACACAAUCAGAACCAACAGCUGCAAGGGAUGAAGCUUCUUUUUGCGGAGGAAGCUGUAGCCCUGCGUUCACCCUCCUCUGAGCAGGAGACGGCUGGAUGGAGGGAACAGAUUCCCCACAGCCACCGUGCUUUUAAUUCUUGGGGGGGUUUUGUUUGUUUGUUUGUUUUGUAUUAUACUUUAAAAAAAACAAUGACGAAAAAGCAAAGGACAUUGUUGGGAACAGAGAUGCUUCUCUUAGUCCGGGGCCACACUGAGACCUGCUCGUGACUGCGGGGAAAGGGUCCACGCAGCAGGACGUCUCUUGCAGUCUGUAGAAUCUCCUUAGCUCUAGGACAUAUUCUCAGUGAAUGUAUGUGUUACUUUUAUAGGUAAGGGUCUGGUCUCUGAGGCAGGUUUCCCUCCCUUUCUUUUCCUUGGCAAGAAGGUGGUGUGUAAAGUUCCCUGGAGAAACGGUCACUGAAACAUCUGAAAUACCUCUGACAGCGGCACCUCUGGGACGGUUUCCUGUUCCUCCAUCUCCUGGGUCACUGCACUGUGGGGCACUGGACACCGGUUCACUUUACACUUUGAUAUUUCCCGUCCUGAAAGCCUUAGUCCCCUUUCGAACCCCUUUUUCCCCUUAAACAAAUGGCACAGCCCAAGGGGCUCCUUCUCUGGGCUCUUUUCUUCACAGACUGUUGGAGGCGCACUGCAAGCUGCAAAGGGACCAAGGCUUCUUUGGCUCUUGAGACAGGAAGAUGUUAUUUUUCCCUCCUUCCGAGAAGCACCUUUUCCCAGCAGGCACUCACCCCACAGCCUUCUCAUCCCUUCUGUGGCAUCAAUACUCCCCCCCACUUGCCCGUUUCGCCGCCUCUGCCACACACAUCCUCCCCCAUGCAAUGCAAGCCCGUCCUGGACCUUAGACCCAAGAAGUUAAAUCAUGUCUAAUACCAGACUCAUAGCAGUUUAGUCAAAACUACCAGUGCAUUCGACUUCCAUGGGGGUCCAUGAAGUCUCGGAAAAGGUAUUCUGAACAUUGACUCAGCCCAGUCUGCCUGAAGCAAGAGCAGAUUGCUCUCAUGUUAUUCUGGGUUGGUUUUGGUUUUUGGGACACACCCAGCAGUGCUCAGGGGCUGCUCCCUGCGGUGCUCGGGGACCGUGCAAUGCCCAGGUGUCCAGUGUACAAAGUGUGUGCACGAACCCAUCGGGCUCUCUCCCUGCCCUCGUUCUUGAGUGGAAAAGCAGAAGGCAGAAAGACUUUCCUGGUUUAAAGGAGGGGGCUGGACUCCCUACUCGAUGCCUGAAAGUGUCAUUUUAGGCCAAAUGCAGGAACAUCUCAGCCCCAUCUCAGUGCUUGGUACCAGACCCAGCCCCCACCCCAACUGUUUGUGGCUGCCCCACCCGUUCCUGCCAACAGGGCAUUGCCCAGCCAGGAAACAUCCCAGAGCUGCACAGAGGCCGCGGGACCAAAGUGAGUGCCCAGAGGAGGCAUCCUUGGCCCCCCACUCCCACCCCCACCCCCAGUGGCUUGUUUCUAGCAAUUCUGCAUCUCCGUUUCCAGAGAUGGGGCAGCAGAAGGAUCAGUCCAGUCCUGGGGUCAGCCAGGUGUCCACAUUGCUUCCACCCAGGGCUGCUCUGACUGGACCAGGUUCUGGAGGCCUCGAGUCAGGACUCAUUAGCUGCCUCCUUGGCCUUGUUUGCAGAGGCUGGGGCCAGGCUUCCCUGAGCAGUGCUCAGCAGACUGCCCAAGGACGGCUCUACCUUCUAGAAGGCUAGGAGGGCCCUUCCGGCCCUGCAGGCUAGCUGUUUCUUGCCCUGGACUCAGGCAGCCUGUGGGUUUGGUGCUAGGCUUCAGGCUGGCGGGGUGUGGAUUGGCGCCCCCAUCAUGCAAAUAGUUCCCCCUGCCCACCCUCCGGGAAAAGCGUUUUAUUCUUAGCACAGGAGCCGGGACUCCUCCUUCGAUGACCGCAUCCUCCUGCCCAGUGCGGGCCUUUCAAAGGAACGUGGAGUGAGUCAUGAGGUGAGAACGCUCCGCACGGGGCAGUCUCAGCCCUUCUGGUCGUGCCACCUACCACAGGGAGGGGCCGGCUGGAGCCAGAGCUGCCCUGACGCCCACUGCCGAGAUGCACCUGAACCAGGAACACAGUGCUCUUCGCUCACCUGUGCCAGCGCUCUUGGGAACUGUUGCGGGUCCUUUGCCGAGGGGGAAGCCUUCCCUCUUGCCCCGUGGAGAGCCAUUCCCUGCAGGGUCCCUAGGCUGCGCCCUCACUCUGCAGGGCGUGGCACUGUUGGGUGUGCCCCAGGCUUAAGAGGUGGCUUGACUUAAGAAUGUAAAACUGACUGUGCCUUAGCAUCACCCUGUCCAGCAUGGCUGGGCCACCGGGGGUGUCCAGGAGACCAGGCGCCUGCUUAGGUGCCUAUUGGGCCUUUGACUGGGUUUGGGACAUUCCCAUUUCCUGCUUGGCAAGUUGGGGGCAAAAGCACUAGUGUCCUGAAGCGUUUAGGCUGCAGCUCAUUCACCGCUGAUACAAAUGCAGCUUUAGAACUCCAAGUAGAAUCAGAUUGGCCAACUCCAGCCACCGCACAUGGAAUUUCUAGAUGCUACUGCCUAGAGCAGGUGUCAGUGCUGCUGAGCCCCAUUCUCCUUCUGGGAGAGCACUAGCAGCAGAUGGGGAGGGCGGGAGGGCAGCCUCUCCGGGUCCCUGCAGAGGGUAGUGAGGGUCUCCUUCCACUGGCUUCUGUUUCUCACACCAGUUUCCCCGUUCAUCUAAAAGUUCGCACUCCCCUGGUUUCUUACCGUGGAAGCCAAAUCUGCAUUCUGAUUCUUUUUUUUUUUUUUUGCUUUUGGGUCACACCCGGCAAUGCACAGGGGUUACUCCUGGCGGUGCUCAGGGGACCGUAUGGGAUGCUGGGAAUCAAACCCGGGUUGGCCACAUACAAGGCAAACACCCUACCCGCUGUGCUAUUGCUCCAGCCCCAUCUGAGAUCCUUUUUUUAAUCAUGAAAAAACCUAGCUCUCUCCUGUUCCUCAUCAGCAGGCCUUUUGUCCCUUCUUCCCCGAGUUAGGAAGUUCUGACAUGCAAGGCUCCUUCGAGCGCUCCUGGGCACUGAGAAGCGAGUUCCUACGGCAACAUCCGCUCCUAACACGAACCCCGGACUCCAGGCGUCUCCAGUGUAGCAGGAAGGCAUUGGUAGGACUGGAUCUAUUUAUGUGACUGCGGGCAUUCAUGGCUGUAGAGUCCUUGACCAUAAUGUUAUAUGUAAUGGGAACUAUCUUAUAAACUUGAAAAAUAAAGUUUUUAUUUUCUAUA